UCUUCUUCAUGUUAAAAAAAAAGGUUACUAGGGUUUAAGAUAUUUUCCUUAAACCGAAAUUCAACGGCAUAAAUUGUUUAAACAAUGCCGCGAACAACCACCGUUGAAGUCUCCGGCUGCCCUCAGCUUCGAGCCCUAACUUUUGACGCCCUUGGUUUCACUAAAGUAAUCGAGUCUCGUGGUGAACGAGCAAUACCUCAAGUUGUAGAGAGAUGGGGCGAUCCUGACCCUUCAAAAUGCGUCCUCUCUGUUUCCGUUGAUGACUGCAAACAAGACCCUUUAUUAGCUGUUGGGAGAAGAAAUGGUGCGAUUGAAGUUAUGAACCCAAUUAAUGGGCAUAUUCAAGCUUCAAUUCCCGAUGUUGGUGAUGCUCGAGAUGAUGCUAUAGUUGGGCUACACUUAUUUAGAGGACAGAGAUUAUCUGGGAGGGGAAGUUUGCUUACAUGUACAAUAAAAGGAAAUACAAGCAUUAGACAUUUUGAAGUUGACACUUCGAAUGUAGAUGGUGCAAAUACUGAUACGUUGAGAACCUGGAAAGUUUGUGAUUCUGGUAAUAUUUGUUGUUCUAAAGUAGAUGAAAGUGAAAAGUAUGCGUUAUUUGGAGGUAAAUCUGUGGAAAUUAAUCUAUGGGAUCUUGAGACAAGUUCGAAGAUUUGGAUUGCCAAAUCUCCUCCAAAGAACAGCCUCGGUAUCUUUACUCCAACAUGGUUUACAUCUGCAACAUUUUUGUCCAGUGAUGAUCACCGUAAAAUUGCAGCUGGCACCAGUAAUCAUCAGGUUCGCCUAUAUGACACUUCUGCUCAGCGCAGACCUGUAAUAUCAUUUGAUUUCCGUGAGGCUCCCAUUAAAGCAGUCACUGAAGAUCCAGAUGGUCAUACCAUCUAUAUAGGAAAUGGAUCCGGCGAUCUUGCUUCUGUUGACAUACGCACAGGGAAGCUGUUAGGAUGCUUUUUGGGGAAAUGUUCAGGAAGCAUCAGAUCCAUUGCCAGGCAUCCUAACUUACCUGUAAUAGGAUCUUGUGGUCUGGACAGCUAUUUGCGAUUGUGGGAUAUAAAGACUCGACAACUUCUAUCAGCAGUGUUCCUUAAGCAGCAUCUCACUAACGUUGUCUUUGAUUCCAAUUUCACCGAUAGAGAAGUUAAGGUGGAAGCACAGGAUGCAGAUGUGAUCCAAAAUGAAGACGAGAGUAUAGUGCUGCCUGUGAAAAGAAAGAAAAAAUCGAAAGAGAAAAGUGACAAAAAGAAGAAAUCUAAAGAAGCUAAGGUGGAAGAACAGUAUGCAGAUGAGAUUCAAAAUGAAGAUGAGAGUAUAAUGGCGCCCGUGAAAAGAAAGAAAAAAUCGAAAGAAAAAGGGGACAAAACAAAGGCAUCUAAAGAGAAGGACAGAAGCAAAAAGUUGAAAUCUAGUGAAAAGAGCUGAUAGUAGAAGAUGAGGAGCAAUGGAAGAUUUUUGGAGUUUUGUGAUUUUUUUGACAGCAUAAGCUAUCGAAGGAGCAGUUUUGUUAUUCUCUUUCUUUUUCACAAAUUAACUUGAGAUAAUUUAAUAGGUAACAGUAAAGCAGAGUGUUUUAUCACUCCUGGAUGUUGUAAACUAUUUUAUCCAAAUACAUGUUUCAUGUUUGUACGAUUUAUCAAAUUAUUUCAUAUACUAGUGUGAAAUGAA